AUGGCGUUGAAAGAGAAGAUUUUGAAUGAAACGGAAGAGAAAGAUCAAAAUGGUCAUGAGCAUGAUUUUCAAACUGAAGAAAAAUCAAGUAGUUGCUCACAUGAAAAGACUUCAUCACCAAAAAACACAAAAACACUCGCUACAAACCUUAAUUCCCACAUGAAAAUUUAUACUGGAGAGAGACCUUUCACCUGCCAACAGUGUGGAGAAAUUUACAAUGGAAAAGAAAGCCUUAAAGUCCACAUGAAAACUCACAUUGAAAAGAACCUGUUGAUAUGCUCUCAGUGUGGAAAGAGUUUUACACAGAAAAGAACCCUUAAUUCCCACAUGAGAACUCACACUGGAGAGAGACCUCACUCCUGCAAACUGUGUGGGAACAGUUUUACACGAAAUGGAGAUCUCAAGACUCACAUGAGCACUCACAGUGAAGAGAAGCCAUUUGAAUGUGAUCAGUGUGGAAAGAGUUUUACACUGAAAAAAAACCUAUACGUCCACAUGAGAAUUCACAAUGGAGAGAAGCCUUACACCUGCCCUCAGUGUGGGAAGAGUUUCUCACGUAAAGAAAACUUCAAGACUCACAUAAGAAGUCACACUGGAGAGAAACCAUACAUAUGCUCUCAGUGUGGAAAGAGUUUCACUGAAAAGGGAACCCUUAAUACCCACAUGAGAAUUCACAUUGGAGAGAAACCUUUCACCUGCCUUCAGUGUGGAAAGUGUUUCACGAUUAAAGGAAACCUAAACACUCACAUGCGGAUUCACACUGGAGAGAAGCCAUUCACAUGUGAUCAGUGUGGAAAGAGUUUCAGACAUAAUGUAAACCUUAAUAAUCACAUGAAGAUUCACUCAAGAGAGAAGAGUUUUAAAUGUCAUCAGUGCAAAAGGAGUUUUACAGACACAAAUCAUCUUAAGAAUCAUGUUAAAAUUCACAUUGGAAAAAAGCCUUUCAUGUGCCAUCACUGCGGAAAGAGUUUCUCAAAAGGAGGACACCUCAAGGUUCACUUGAGAAUUCACACCGGAGAGAAACCUUUCACCUGCGGACAGUGUGCAAAGAGUUUCAGUCAGAAAAUAACCCUUCAGCUUCACAUGAGAGUUCACACUGGAGUGUCUCGAGUGUGAGAAGAGUUUCACAUGUCAAAAACUGAAAUGGCAUUUGCAAACUCAUUCUGGGAAGAAAUUCCUGUUAGAGUGACAAGAGGUUUAGAAAAAGGAGUAAUUUCUACAA